UUCUUCAAUAUCACAAAUAACAGAUCAACAAUUAGGAGAAAGGUUUGAGAACCUCACAGGAAGAAAGGCAAUUUCAAUGCAGAACUCAAAUGUAAAUAACAUUUGGAUAAAAUGUCAAUGUUAUCAGUCUCCUUUGGAAAAAAAAUAUUAGUUUUGGAGACUACAACAGUGGUUAUGGUAGCUACAAAAUUUUCAUCAGCCACUUGGUUAAAGAUGUAAAGCAGGUGGUUGCUUUAGAAACCAUUAGUUUUCCUCUCUGCCCUUUGAAAUUGUAGUUUGAUGUAUAUGACACUGACAGCAAUUUUAGAUUCCAAAGAGUUUGUGUAUGCUGUAAGGAGAAAUGAGAUGAAGCAGAUGAUGGUCACUCUUAGAGUUAAAUGAGUCACAUGUAACUCAUUAUUUCAUCUCUUUUCAGCCAUAGAAGAGUUUUUUUCUUAAGUAACAUUCAUAUAAAUACUUCAUUGUUCAACAGAUUAAUACCCUUCAGCCAAAGAAAUCUGAAAUAGAAGAGGUAAGUGAUUUGAUGAAACAGAUGUUGGAAGAAAACAAACUUGCUGAGGAGGAUCCAACAGCCAAAAGUAGUAUCAUUGAUAAGGAAAUUGAAGAGAGACUUGCUAAGCUGAAAGGCAUCAAUCCAAGUGAGUGUGCUGUUAUUCAGCUUGAGUAUAAUUUUAAAAAUGAAAGGAUAACUAUAGAAUCAGGGUCCAAAAUUGUUACCAGCCAGUAUUACCAGCAGCUAGUCACCAAUGCAACCAGAAAUUGAGUGUUGGCAAGCACCAUUUUAGUGCUUGUGGUCAGCAAAGAAGAAGCCUAAAAAAUUUGAGUUUAAUCUUUUGUAGAAACUUUAAUCUCACUUCAACUCACAACUGCAGACCAGUUCCUGAUACCAAAUGAAAAAAAAUUGUGUUUCAACAGAUAUGUGUGAAUUUGAAAAAAAAUUGAUCUAGUCCUAAAACCUCUAAUUUUAGAGGGAAGGGCAGUGAAGGGGAUUUCCUGCCAAAAUUCUUUGGGAUGUUUUGUGAAAUUUUCAGUGUCUUAGAAUCUUCAGACCCUCUCAGAUGUGGUUGAGACCUCUACAAGAAAUCUGACUUCUUUGAUUUUAAAAUGCUAGGCAGUAUCUUCUUACAAUUACAAUUCAGUAAUAGAGAAUUUCUUCACAAUAUUAACUCUGUAUUGUGCAAUAAAUUACAAUGUAAGUCAUAGAUCUCACUUAACCCUUUAACUUCCAAGAUCUCUUUAGUAACUUUCCUUACUGUCUGCCAUACAACUCUUAUGAUGUUACAGUAUAGUCUGCAGAAGUUGGUAUUUGAUCAACUUAUAAUUUCCCCUGGUUUAUAUUUUUCUAUAUUGCCAUUACUUCUUUGCUAGGUAAUGUAUUAAUAUUGUAAGGAGAAACACUGUCUUGGUCUCUUAUUAAAGGGUUAACCCUUUAACUCCCAGAGGUGAUUAACAUGAAACUUCUCCCUAUAACAUCCAUACAUUUUUCAGCAAACAGGUAAUGAGAAUAUUCAAACUUAUCAGGUAGAAGCUGCUAUCUUGAUCUAGCACCAAGUACUCAUAACUAAUUUACAAGGAAAUUGUUAGCAGCCAGAGAGGAGAAUUAACAAUCAGAUCUUGGGAGUUUAAUUGGUUAAGAGACAUCACAAAAGAUUCUUAUGUGACACAUGUAAAUGGCUCUCUUAUUAUUAGGUAGAACUUUUUUAAAAUCUCAUUAAUAACUCUGGGUGACCUCUCCAAUUAAACUCUAGUUUAAACCUAAUUAUAUAAAGUACUAAUAAUCGAUCAGAGGUAUUUGUAAUAAGUAACCUGGUAUGUAAAAAAAAUGGAGAUUAUUAUUUAAAACAAUUAUUUUGUACUUAUCAGGUCUGACAAAUCAACCCAAGUCAAACAUGUUUGAUAGUGAUGAGGAUGAUGAAACAGCGAGUCAACAAUACCUGAAACAGGUUGGUUUUUUAUAUUUUUUUUUACAGAUGUGUGAAAGUUUGGUUGAAAAACAGUCUGUAAAACACAAAAGACUGAGAAGUUUUAUUCCACAUGUAGUAAUCGGUUACUUUUGGGAUCUUUUUACUAUUUUUAAAUGAGUGUCAGAUUGACUGGAGCAUUUCCGCAUAAGGUAUGUGGGCAGAAUAUACUGUGGUCCUCCUUUCUAGUUACAAUUUAAUUAUAUAAUUACUUGUGGUUUCUAUGUUACAGUUAAGAUACUAACUCUCGCAUUGUCUCCCUUCACUGUUGAAAAAUAAUGGCAACUAACAAACCAUUUUAAGAAAACUUGAUAUAAUGCUUAAAGGCCAUCCGUACAGGGUCCAUAUAAGUCUUGGAAAACCUGCAAAGUCCUUGAAAAAAGCUGCAGUUCCUGGAAAGUUGUGGAAAUUUUCUUAACUAACAAGCAACAAAGUUUUUUGAUUGAGGUUUAAGAAAUGUAUGUAGAUCAUGAGGAGAAUCGAUUUUGAAAUCUUUGGUUUAAUGUGAAAUUUGGUGCCCUGGAAAAAGAAAUCUGAGUCCUGAAAAAGUCCUGGAAAAGUUCUUGAAAUGUGAUUCUGAAAAAGGGUACAAACCCUGUCUGUGGUAGAGUACCUAUCUUGGGUUAAAACAAGAUCAUAUUUAUCAUCUCCUGCCAUACUCUAAACAUAGGAGGAGAAAGGAAAAAAAUAUAUAAUACCAAUGGUACUUUUGGAUAUUUUGAAAGAUAAGGGAUCUUUUGGUAUAUUGACAGAUACUUGGUGAAGUAGCUUUGGAUUUAAAAAUGGAAAACAUUGAUUGUGGUAAGUGUUUCAAAUACACUGUUGACACUAAAGAACUUAUUUUCAUUUCUGAGCAUGUAAAUUCUGUGCAUUCUCCUGCUGCAGAUUGAAAACUCUUCCCCCACCCCCUUUUACGUUUCAAAAUGUUCCAUGACUUCUGUAUACACAAAGCCUUCUGGAAUAAAAAGUGUUAAAGGUAACAGUAUCCAUAGCUGCCCCAAACACCAAACCUCAUGCUUAAUCAGUUUUUCAGUGCACAACUAUCUGCAUAUUCCCUAUUGAAAGCUUGUAAACAUCUGCCUUCUCUGCAGCAAUUAAACAAACGAGAGUAAAGAUGUGAUACGGUGCUAGGCAAUUCCUAUAAAACUCUAUUUAGUAUUGACAACCAAAUUUGGUUACAAAUUAGGAGAUACCUCUGCCAGCAAAUCUAGCAAAUCCAGAAAAAAGACAGGACAAUCAAAGGUAAUCUGUUAGUUUCCUUUUCAUUCACAGCCCUUUGAUUGCUUUUUUUUUUUUCCUUUAUUGAAAAUUAUAAAAUAUAAAAUUUUCAAUGAAACAAAUAUAUGCUACUAGUUAACUCAGCUAGAACAGGACUUUGAAUAGUUGUUUUGCUAUGAAUUUUUAUCCUGACUUUCCCAGUAACAUUCCACCAACAAGGAUGGAUAUGGAAAUAGCAACAAACAAUUUGAAGACAUCACAUAUAGUUCUUAGUGACUUCCUUUUGGCCUUUUGUUAUUUUUUGGCAACUUAGUUUUGGUAGGAUUACAUUUUUGUUUUGUAUCUCAUCUUGCCAGACCACAGAUACUACAUACAGUCCCCCAACAAUGCCUACUAGCAUUUUCAGUCAGUGUUGUGAAGCAAACAAUGAUGAUGAGUUGCCAUUUUUUCUAACCAUUUUUGUUGAAAAUGAAUGUUUUGUUUUGUCUAACAUCUUGCCAGACCAAAGAUAUGGAUUUCUCAGCUAUGUCCAACAACAUUUUCAGCCAUGAUUAUGAAGCAAACAGUGAUGAUGAGGAGUUGCCUUGGUGUUGUAUCUGCAAUGGGAAUGCUGUUUUAAGAUGUCAUGGUUGUGAUGAUGACUUAUAUUGUCGCAGAUGCUAUAGGUAACCUUGUGCACAUGUUAAUUUAUUAUCCUUUAAGGCUUGCCUCAAAGUAAAAAUAUAAUGCCUUUUGUACCAGCUACAACUGAAGAAGCAUACAUGUAUGUAUAACAAUUUCUGAAUUCAUUUUUUGUGGGUUUUACAUUCAACUGUGAAAUGUUUCUCUUAAUUAAUACGAUAGAAAAACACAACCAAUCAAGAUGGAACAGGUAUUUAAAGAAACGAUUAAAACAGAUUACAAAUGAUACACUCUAAAAAUCAAGGUUAAGUUUUUCAAGAUCCAGAAACUAUUAUACACUUCUAUCAAAUUCCUGUUGGUAAAUUUGCAUGAUUCAACUUUAACCCUGUCAAUCCCAAGGCCUCAUUUAACCCUUUAACCCUCAGAGGGACUAGCAUCUAAUUUCUCCUUACAAUAUCACCACUGAAUCACACAUUAAUGUCAUGAGAAUAAAGGAAAUGAUCACCAACUGAAGAGACUCUUGAUUGUUAGACAAAUUCUCCUUGUCAGCACCUUAGUAAAUGUACAGAGAACAGUAUGAAGAAUAUGAAAACUGUUGUUAAAUUGUAAAGGGUUAAUAAUUCUCCUCACUGUCUGUCAUAUAAUUAUUAUGUUAGUUGGAGAAUUUUUACUUGUCAUGUUUUCCCAACAGGGAGGGGCACAGUCGAGAAGAUUAUGAAGACCAUGAUAUCUCAGAAUACAAGCCUCGAAGAAAGAAAAGAUGAUUUGGAGAGUGUUCCAUCCUGGUGUUGUGCACUAAAAAAUUUAUUUCACACAUAAAAUUUAAAGAAAGGUCAGCUAAAGGAAAAAAUUAUGAAGACAUGUGCCACAUGGAGUACAAACAAUCAUGAGGAGUGUUGUAUUUUUUUGAGGCUCCACUCAACUCAGAAGUCACUGUGGAUGCGAUUUUAAUGUUGAAGAACAAACUCCACUGUGAAGUAUUUCAUUAGAAUGAGGCUGGUAAAGGGUUUAUAUGUGACAUAUGAAUAAGGCCAAAAUUAAUAUGUCACAUGAAUUUUACAUAGUGGCAAGUGUAAUUUGUGAAUUUGAGUACCAACAUAGG